AUGAGCUCAAGCUAUUGGAGUGAGAUGAGCAGCAGCAUCUGUGGAACUCCACAGCCCCCAGAGGUGCUACAGUGCCAGCCCCAGCAUUGCCACUGCUACCAUCAGUCAAGCCAAACCCAGCACCCACCAGAAAAAAAUGUAGUGUACGAGAGAGUGAGAACCUACAGUGGGCCCAUGAACAAGGUGGUUCAGGCCUUGGACCCCAUCACCUCACAGGAAGUGCUCUCUCCUCUCAAAACUGCCUCCUCCUACCAAAAUUUGGUUUGGAGCAACCAUUCUCAGGAACGCCAUUCUCCAACUCUGAAAAUAUCUACUUGCCCCCCAAACAGUGUAUAUAUAACCCCAAAUAUUGAACAGGAACUCCAUUCUCCAACAGUGAAAGUCACUGCAUAUCCACAGACUACUAUUAGGAGAUACAUAGUACAAAAUCCUGAACAGGAACCACUUCCUCCAUUCCUAAGAGGAGGCCAUUUCUUCCCAGGAAACAAUGUUAUUUAUGAAAAAACAAUAAGAAAAGUAGAGAAGCUAAAUAUGGAUCAGGAAUGCUAUCCAGAGGUCCAAUGUCAUCAUCACAUUGUCCAACAGCCCCAGAUCAUCCACUCUCCACACUGUCAACAAUCCCAUUCUAGCCAACAAAUCGAAACCAUCACAGGAAGUGAUUCGAUUUCUACAAACACUGGAAAAGAACUGUGCCAUGGGGGAUCAAGCCAUAUACAUGAUCAGGUGAUAAUUCAAGAUGAUGGCCCUGAAAAGUUGGACCCCAAAUAUUUUGGAGAGUUACUUGCGGAUUUAAGCCGUAAAAAUACAGAUCUAUAUCAUUGCUUAUUAGAACAUUUGCAGAGAAUUGGAGGAAGCAAAGAGGACUUUGAGUCUACAGCUGAGUCAGAAGACAUUGAAUCCUUGAUUCCUAAAGGAUUGUCAGAGUUUACAAAACAGCAAAUUCGCUAUAUUCUGCAGAUGAGGGGUAUGUCUGAUAAAUCACUCCGGCUAGUGCUGUCCACAUUCAGCAACUUACGGGAGGAGCUUGGACAUCUUCAAAAUGACUUGACAUCACUGGAAAAUGACAAGAUAAGCCUUGAGAAAGAUGUGGAAUUCAAAGAAAAUCAAAUAAAAGAGUAUGAAGAACUCUUGGCAUCAGUGAGAGCAAAUAAUCGCCAGCAGCAGCAAGGACUUCAAGACUCAACCUCAAAAUGCCAAGUAUUGGAAGAAAACAAUCUCUCUCUUCGACAUACACUAUCAGACAUGGAAUAUAGACUCAAAGAACUGGAAUACUGCAAGCGUAAUUUAGAACAAGAGAAUAAAAAUCUUAGAAUACAGGUUUCUGAGACUUGCACAGGCCCGAUGCUGCAGAUGAAAAUGGAUGAGAUUGGCAACCAUUACAUGGAGAUGGUAAAAAACUUAAGAAUGGAGAAAGAUAGAGAGAUCUGCAAGCUAAGGACUCAAUUAAAUCAGUACCAAAAAGAUGUUUCAAGAAGAGAAGGAAGUUGCAGUGACUUCCAGUUCAAGCUUCAUGAACUGACAAGCUUGCUGGAAGAGAAGGAUUCCCUUAUAAACCAUCAGUCAGAGGAACUCUCAAAGUUGAGGCAAGAAAUGUAUUCAUCUCAUAACCAACACUCCAGUGGUGGAAGGACUACUAUUACCACUAAAAAGUACAGGACACAGUAUCCAAUCCUAGGCCUCCUUUAUGAUGACUAUGAAUAUAUACCACCAGAUAGUGACACACAGACUAUUAUGAUUGAGAAAACAGAAGACAAAUGGACUUGUGUAAGUUCUCUUGUGUAUUUCUAA